GUUUCCAGAAAUGUGAAAGAGAUAUUAAAGCUUGCAGUUAGCCAGGCGCAGAAGCGAUACAGGUUAUCUGAAUACACAAAUUUUAGUCGAAUUACAACCUCUCUUGGGGAUUUAGAUCCUUUUGAAGGUCUAUAUGUUGGUGCAUUUGGACCUUAUGGAACUGAGGUAGUGCAAUUAAGGCGGAAAUAUGGUAACUGGAAUGUAAAUGAUACUGAGAAAUCCUCUGAUGUCGAGUUCUUUGAGUAUGUUGAGGCGGUAAAGCUAACAGGAGAUAUCAAUGUGCCUGCUGGCCAGGUGACAUUUCGAGCUAAAAUAGGUAAAGCAAGUCGCUUAACCAACAGGGGGAUGUAUCCAGAUGAACUUGGUGUGGUUGCAAAUUAUAAAGGUCAAGGAAGAAUAGCUGAAUUUGGUUUCAAAAACCCAAGGUGGGUUGAGGGGGAACUUCUGCAACUCAAUGGAAAGGGAAUGGGGCCGCACAUGAAAGGUGCAGACCUUGGCUUUCUUUAUGUCAUUCCAGAGCACAGCUUUCUUGUACUCUUCAAUCGUUUGAAACUACCAGAGUAAAGAGCAAGUUGGGUUAGCAGAUUCCUUCUUCCAGCAGGUUUUUCCCUUUUGCCGGAUAACUUAUGUCGCAUUUUCAUCAGAGAGGCAUCACCCUGCAAUGUGACUGACAAAGUCAACCCUUUCCCCUCCCUUUUCGGCAUAGUGAGUGCUUUGCUGUCCAAUAAUGGUCCAUCCUUUCAGUUUUCCUCUUAAAACCUAAAACUCAUAUCUUGUAAGCAUACUUUUGCCAAGAGAUGAUCUGGAUAUAAUAUUAUAGUAGAGUUGAAAUUCAUAUUAAUGAGUUCCUCUUCUUGUACGGUCAUAGAAAGUUGUCCAUAUUAGCUAAUGAAGAAGAUGGCAUGGCAAUGUUUUUGGAAGGCAGAAUGUCACAUCUUUUGGUGGCUUACUUUGCAAUAAAGGCAGCUUCGAUC